UAUUAAAUAAUUAAAAUAAUAUUAAUAAAAAUAAGCGGUUCAAAGUCAAUCACCCAAAAACUUACCCUUUUAUGCGUUCACUUAGUGAGUGUUGUUGAUAUACUUGAACAUUAAACAUGGAUUCUGACUUAUAUGAUGAGUUCGGUAACUAUAUUGGACCUGAAUUGGAUAGCGAUGAAGAUGACGACCAAAGUAUCUACGGACAACAAGAGCCGCAGGAUGAUCAAGAUGAUGAUGCAAUGGAUGAGGAGGAGGAACAUCAAGACGAUGAAGAUAAAGAAGUGACAGCGGUGGUGCUACAUGAAGAUAAACGUUACUACCCGACUGCGGUCGAAGUGUAUGGGCCAGAUGUAGAAACUAUUGUACAAGAAGAAGAUGCACAACCACUAGAUAAGCCACUUAUUGAACCUAUUAAAAAGCUUAAAUUUCAAAUAAAAGAGCAAGAGUUGCCAGAAACCACUUACGAUAUGGAAUUUAUGGCAGAUUUGAUGGAUACACCGCCACUUAUACGUAAUGUGGCGUUAGUAGGUCAUUUGCAUCAUGGAAAAACAACGUUUGUCGACUGCUUAAUACGUCAGACACAUCCACAAUUUGAGCAGGCGGAAGAACGUACACUGCGAUACACGGAUACACUUUUCACAGAACAGGAGCGCGGUUGUAGUAUUAAAGCCACACCUGUUACGCUUGUACUACAGGAUGUCAAGCAAAAAAGCUUUCUGAUGAAUGUUUUCGAUACGCCUGGUCAUGUGAACUUCUCAGACGAAGUAACAGCGGCCAUGCGCAUGUGUGACGGUAUUGUGCUAUUUGUAGAUGCGGCAGAAGGUGUAAUGUUGAAUACGGAACGUUUGCUGAAGCAUGCGGUGCAAGAGAAAAUGGCCAUUACCGUUUGCAUUAAUAAGAUUGAUCGCCUAGUCUUGGAGUUGAAACUUCCACCACAAGAUGCUUAUUUUAAACUGAAACAUAUUGUUGAGGAAACUAAUGCCCUACUGAGCACUUAUGGUGCAAAUGACAAUUUGCUAGUGUCUCCUGCCCUGGGUAACGUUUGUUUCGCAAGCUCACUAUAUGGUUUCUGCUUUACCUUGAAAUCGUUCGCCAAACUAUAUGCAGACACUUACGAAGGCGUUAACUACGUAGAGUUUGCCAAACAUUUGUGGGGUGACAUGUAUUUCCACAGCAAAUCUCGAAAAUUCACGAAGAAGCCACCACACAACUCGGCUCAGCGCAGUUUCGUUGAAUUUAUUUUGGAACCCAUGUAUAAGGUCAUUGCUCAAGUUGUUGGCGAUGUUGAUACUACACUCUCUGAUACCUUAGCCGAGCUGAAUGUGCGCAUAACCAAAGAGGAAAUGAAAUCCAAUAUACGUCCACUCUUACGUCUUGUUUGCAAUCGCUUUAUGGGUGAUUUCAAUGGUUUUGUCGAUAUGUGUGUAGAGCACAUUAGAUCGCCACUGGAUAAUGCUAAACGUAAAGUGGAUCACAUCUAUACAGGACCGAAAGAGGGGAACAUUUACAAAGAUAUGAUGGAAUGCAAUCAGAAUGGCACAUUAAUGGUUCACAGCGCCAAAAUGUACCCCACAGAUGACUGCACCUUUUUCCAGGUAAUGGCUCGUGUAAUUUCGGGUACCUUGCAUGCCGGUCAAGAAGUACGUGUUUUGGGUGAAAAUUACACAUUGCAAGAUGAAGAAGAUUCGCGUGUUCUACAAGUAGGCCGUCUAUGGGUGUACGAAGCGCGUUAUAAAGUGGAAUUGAAUCGUGUGCCGGCCGGCAAUUGGGUACUAAUUGAGGGUAUCGAUCAAUGUAUAGUCAAAACGUCAACAAUUGUGGACAUAAAUGCGCCCGAAGAUUUAUUUAUUUUCCGCCCUUUGAAAUUCAACACUCAGAGCAUUAUAAAAAUCGCCGUAGAGCCGGUUAACCCCUCCGAAUUACCCAAGAUGUUGGAUGGCUUGCGUAAAGCUAAUAAAUCCUAUCCGUUGCUAUCGACACGUGUAGAAGAAUCUGGUGAACAUGUUAUUUUGGGUACCGGCGAACUCUACUUGGACUGUGUUAUGCACGAUUUGCGAAAAAUGUAUUCCGAAAUAGACAUUAAAGUCGCCGAUCCAGUGGUGGCAUUCUGCGAAACCGUAGUAGAAACCAGUUCAUUGAAAUGUUUUGCGGAAACGCCAAAUAAGAAGAAUAAAAUUACUAUGAUUUCUGAGCCGCUGGAGAAGGGACUGGCAGAAGACAUUGAAAACGAAGUAGUCUCGAUUAACUGGAAUAAGAAGCGACUCGGUGAGUUCUUCCAAGUCAAUUACGAUUGGGAUUUGCUCGCAGCGCGUUCCAUUUGGGCAUUCGGCCCGGAUACAACCGGACCAAAUAUUUUGGUCGACGAUACACUGCCUUCAGAAGUAGAUAAGAACUUGCUGACUUCAGUGAAAGAUUCGAUAGUGCAAGGCUUCCAGUGGGGCACACGUGAGGGGCCACUAUGUGAAGAACCUAUACGUAAUGUGAAAUUUAAAAUAUUAGACGCAGUAAUAGCAGGUGAAGCACUACAUCGUGGUGGUGGACAAGUUAUACCCACAGCUCGUCGUGUCGCAUACUCGGCAUUUCUUAUGGCAACGCCGCGUUUGAUGGAACCUUAUUUGUUCGUAGAGGUGCAGGCGCCAGCCGAUUGUGUGUCGGCCGUGUACACAGUGCUAGCACGAAGAAGGGGUCAUGUGACACAGGAUGCACCGGUUUCUGGCUCACCUUUAUAUACCAUAAAAGCAUUUAUACCCGCCAUCGAUUCGUUUGGUUUCGAGACCGAUUUGCGUACACACACACAAGGACAAGCGUUCUGCUUGUCGGUGUUUCAUCAUUGGCAAAUUGUGCCCGGCGAUCCGUUGGAUAAAUCUAUAGUAAUAAGGCCACUGGAACCGCAGCAAGCAUCUCAUCUAGCGCGUGAAUUUAUGAUUAAGACGAGGCGUCGAAAGGGUUUGUCGGAAGACGUCUCUAUUAACAAAUUCUUCGAUGAUCCUAUGUUAUUGGAAUUAGCGCGGCAAGACGUUUUGCUCAACUAUCCACUAUAAUAUAUAUAAGAAUUUAUAUGUUUUCGAAAUAAAAAAGGCAUUUCAUGCUAUUAAAAUUAUUUAAA